AUGGUCACAGCUACUAGACGCCGGACAUUCUCGUCCACACAGAUAACAACGGAACCAAGUGUUGAGGUCCAGGAAGAGACGAGUGGCAAGCGUAAAUCUGGGCCUGCCCGCUCUGCGACCACGGACACUCAGCGCAAUAAGCGAAGAAAGAGAGCGAGUCUCGAAUCAACACAGGAAACAGAAAACGAUCCACAAAAUGAGACUGUGGAAAUGGCUGGCCAAUCUGAGGCUGAGACUGAUGCGAAAGCUCUUGCUCAUACAAAGAGCAACCAUUUUCGAUUUGACGACGAAGAGCCUGAAUUACAAUUAAACCUAGAAGCCGGCGAACAAAAAGAAUCUUUCCAGGAAAAAGAAGGCGACGAUGAUGAUAGUAGUGAUGAUGACGCUCCUGAGGUAAUUGAUAACUCUGCACAACUUUCCAAGAUCAAAUCGGAGGCUAGGAAGUUGGAAACGACCCAAAAAAGAGAAGAACAAAAGAAGAGGGAAAAAAGAAAGAAAUUGGAUGAUUUGCGCAAACAGCAAGCGAAAACAUCUCAUAAAAGGAAAGAAAAUCCUUCUGACGAUUUACCAUCCGAGAGUACCGAAACCCUUCAAGGCUCCACUACACACGAUGUACGACGAUCUGCACUCCCGGCGCUCCUUCCAGACGACAUUCUGAAUUCAGUACCCGUGACAAGACCUCUUACGCUCCCGGUAGAAGAAGCCGAUACCAUCCAUAAAAAACCAAAGAAGCUCAAGUUUCUCGACAAGGCAGAGAAGCGACCAAAGGAUGUGAAAGUAGGCGAUGUUACUAUCCGGAUUCUAGACAGGGAUACUUCCCAAAAAAAACCUAAAACAUCCCUGCCGCCGAAGGCGUCAAGGGCUGGGCGGAAUUCUAAAGAGAAUUGGCUGAAACAAGCCCGCAGCACAGGCAGUGUCAAUGGCCUGAGAAGAACAAAAGGCAGUUCCUCGGGAUUUGUGCGGAGGUAA